AUGAGUGCCCACCGCCUCCCCAUUCUUCUUCUCCAUGCCUGGUGGGCCCUACUCCAGCCCCGCGCCGCAACGGUGGCCGCCUUUCCUCUGUGGACACAGGGACAGCCUUCAUCACCAUCCUCUCUCGCGUACAUGAUGAGCCUCUACCGAGACCCGCUGCCUCGGGCGGACAUCAUCCGCAGCCUCCAGGCGCAAGAUGUGGAAGUGAGUGGCCAGAACUGGACCUUCGCUUUUGACUUCUCCUUUCUGAGCCAAGAAGAGGAUCUGGCUUGGGCCGAGCUCCGUUUGCAGCUGCCCAGCCUGGUGGACCUCCCCGCUGAGGGCUCACUCACCAUUGAAAUUUCCCACCAGGCUAAGCUGGACCCAGAGCAGGCCCCAGCCGACUGCCUGGAGCGAGUUCGGAUGGAGCGGUUCACUGUCAGUCCAUCUCAGGUCACUUUUUCCUCGGGCAGCACUGUCGUGGAGGUGACCAGGCCACUCUCCAGGUGGCUAAAGGACCCCAGGAUACUGGAGAAGCAAAUGUCCAGUCAGAAAGGAAAGUGCUGGCAUCAGCCCCGAACCCCACCUGUCACUCUCACCAGCACAAAUGUGCUCAUGCUCUACUCCAACCGGCCUCAGGAGCAGAGGCAGCUGGGUGGUGCCACUUUGCUCUGGGAAGCUGAAAGCUCCUGGCGGGCCCAGGAGGGACAGCUGUCUGGAGAGAGGGGCCGAUGGGGCAGAAGGCACCGGAGGCAUCACUUGCCAGACAGAAGCCAACUGUGUAGGAGGGUCAAGUUCCAGGUGGACUUCAACCUGAUUGGCUGGGGCUCCUGGAUCAUCUACCCCAAACAGUACAACGCCUAUCGCUGUGAGGGCGAGUGUCCUAACCCUGUCGGGGAGGAGUUUCACCCUACCAACCACGCCUAUAUACAGAGCCUAUUGAAACGCUACCAGCCCAACCGGGUCCCUUCCACGUGCUGUGUCCCUGUCAAGACCAAGCCUCUGAGUAUGCUCUAUGUGGACAAUGGCAGGGUCCUUCUGGAACACCACAAGGACAUGGUUGUGGAGGAAUGUGGAUGCCUCUGA